AUGGAUCCCCUGAGCAUCAUUGCGUCCACACUGGCCAUCGUUCAAGCCAUCUCCAUGACAUACAAGGCAAUCCAACACCUCAGCGGUCUUCCGAAUGAGUUCAGAGAAGUGAACCGCAACCUCCCUCUCGUGCAAAGCACUCUGAACCUGGCCCGUGAUCAGCUCCUGGGCCUUCCCUUGGAUGAGCCGUCAAAAAUUGCGAUCCAGCCUGUGGUUAGUGCUUGCAAAGAGAAGGCCAAGGCACUGCAGGACAUCUUUGAUAAGGUCGGAAAGGGGGUGAAAAGUACCAAAGAUGGGUCCCUGCUGGACUUCUACCGCAAUUACCUGCGCCCUUUGGGCAAAGCACACCGAGUAGAGAACCUGAUGCAAGGCAUCCUACGAGACUUGGACGCACUGGCCACCAACCAGUUGUUCAAGACGGCAACUAGGAGCCAGAUGGCUCUGCUCAAAGAGGCGAUUGAUCAACUAUCCCACGUGGAGUCAUCCGUGCCGGACUCGGAUUUCGAUGGCCCGGGGACAAAUCUCAACCAGAGUAUCUCGUCCGGGGGAACGGGGUACCAGUCCGUCAAUAGCGGCCAAGACCAGAAAAUUAACUCUGGCGGUGGCAAAAUGUUUGUUGCGCAUAGUAUCAGUUUCGGUGCUGAAUGA